AUUUUUCCCUUUUAAACGCAUCACUACCACCACAUUUUCACGUAUUUAUUAUUGCUUGAUACCAAUUUCCAUUUGCUUUAUUCUCUUACUGACUCUACCAAUUAGUCACUAAUUCAGUAAUACAAAAUCUGACAUAUGUCAAAUAACCUAUUUAGUAUAUGAAAGUAGCUACAAGAGAAUCAGUAAUAAGUAUAUAUAUUCGUACCACACCUACGAGAUAAGUUACAGAGUUUAAAUGACAAAGUACAAUGAUAUUCUUUAUUGAAUAUAAAAUCGACUAUUCCAUUUGUAACUUAAGAAAACACAAAUUCCUUGCGUAUUCUAUACAUUUAAAUUAAAGCUUUCGAUUCACACAUUCUACUCGUUCGAUUUUAGUAAUUCAAUUAUGAGUUCAUCGGCUUGCAGUUAUACCAACAAUAUGAGCAUGAACAAUCGUUAAAUUCAGAUAAUUAAAAUGAAUUAACAAUAGCUUUCCAUUGUAUUAGAUUCUUUUUUUACACAAACAGAAUGUUACAUGUAUUUAAUUCGAUGAACAAGUACCUUAAUAUUUUUCGGGUCAGCUGAUUGACAUUGGUAGUGGUACCAAUGAUUUCCAUAACUUAGCCUUGUUCAUCAUGUACGAUGAAUAUAAAUUAUCUCAUUUUUCUCUAAAUUAGGUCUUUUACAUCAUAAUUUCGAGCUUGGUACUUUUAAAUUAAGAAAAUCAAUCAUUCUUUUUAUUUUUGAACAUAUAUAAUAACAUUAUAUAACCGAACUAUUUUAUUUUUAUUAAUAUUUUAACAUGACGAACAUUUCAAGAAAAAGAAAAACCCCAUCAAAACUUAAGAGUGUGGGUAAUCAUGAUGAGUUCUUAAAUCGUAUAUCAAAGUCGCUUUAUUAUUCAAAGUUACCAGGGACUGAUUGCCUCAGUUUACCUGUUACUGAACUGGCAGCAGAAUUCUUUACUGAAGUAAAGAGUGGUCAUACACUUGAAAGAUUAGAUGUGGAAGAAGCAAGUAAAAUUUCUAGAAAUGCAUGUGUUUCACCAUGUUCCCUUGUUUUGGCAUUAUUGUACUUAGAAAGAUUAAAAGACUGUAAUCCAGAAUAUCUUGAAAGGGUAGCACCUUCUGAUCUCUUCCUUGUUUCUUUGAUGGUUGCUAGUAAAUUUUUGAAUGAUGAAGGAGAAGAAGAUGAAGUGUUUAAUACAGAAUGGGCACAAUCUGGUGGUUUAAGUAUAUCAUAUAUAAAUCAGUUAGAAAAAGAGUUUCUUAAAGCUAUUGACUGGACUAUUUUUGUUCACAAUCAGGACUUUUGGGAAAGGUUGCAGAAGCUAGAAAAAGAUAUAGCUUAUAAAGAAGCACAGAAAAGAGGGUGGUUUUCAUAUACAGAAUUAAGCUGUCUAAUGAAUUCAAUGCAGUUAAUAACAGUGGCACAUGCUAUGAUAAAUAUAUCAUCUAUUUGUUUGGCAACAUACACUGCAGGAAUAGUCACCCUUCUGGGUUCUGCUUUAGUUGCAAGUUACUUCCCAGGGACAAUGCUUAGUCCCAAACAAAUAACAAAUUCUACAGACAUUAUAAAAACAGAUUUGAACCCAGUAAUUGAUGUAACAGAAAUAGCUAUUGAAACUUUGCCAGAAAAUGUUUUUACAGCCGAUUUUAUGUCUAAUACACUGAAUUGCAAUCAAACUAAACGAAACAGUGAAAAUAUCGAAUCUGAUGAAAUUGAAAAUAUAGGCUGGAAAUGGUGGCUAAAUCCAGCUAUGAUCUGGUUACAGGAUACUCAAGAUUGGAACCAAAAUACCGAUUGUACGGAACAAACGAUAAAAUUAAACGUAACAAAUACAUUAAUGACAAGUACUAAGUUUUUACUUGACGUUACUACAUUAAUACGGAAUUCUGAUGAAUUUUUAAUGAAUAUAAAUUGGAAACAAAUUCUGGGUAUAGAUUUAAAGAUUGUGUUGCGAGAUUGGAGAUAUUAUGCAAAUUAUGUUAAAAAAAUAACUGUUGAUCAUCAACACUGAAAGUUAUAUAUUGAAAAAAUGAAAAA